GAAGAGGAGGAACAUAGGGUUCUCGAUCGCUCCCUCCAAGGACAGAUCAACCUCAACAAGUUCCCCAAUCAGCCACCCAAUUUGUUGGGUAUUUUCUUUAUUUAUCAUAUUCAGAGAAAGGCCAUGUGCUUGAACUCAUAUUGGGGUAGAGCCAAAAUUAAUCUCAUGAAAAGAGAGGUCUGGAGGCCACUCCUAUAAAAGAAGUAAUUGGUUCUACACACACCAUGGUCUGUUGUUUAAGACAUUGCCUGCAUCUAUCUCAUGACUGAAGCCUGAAGAAGGAUAUCAGGUGCAUACUUGUUGAUUGGUUCUCGCCAUCACCAAAAAUCUAUUGGAUGGCCAUUAUACCUUGUGGAAGCACAUCUGUUGCUGAAUGGGGUAUUCGACCUCAGUUUGUGAUUAGAUCGUAUAUGCACACUGGGGUAGUGACUGCUCAAUAUGGUUUUAACAACAAGAUGAGCUAUUUGGCAGCAACAAGUUCAAGCCUGUUUUCACGGAAUUCCUUCUCCAUAUUAUCUUAUGUGGGGCCAUCUCAAGCUUCACAUCAUCAUAGAGGAUCACGAUUUACAGUUAGAGCUGAUGCUGUGAGUGAUUUCUACUCUAUACUUGGAGUGUCAAAAAAUGCAACUAAAUCUGAAAUAAAAAACGCUUACCGAAAACUUGCUAGGAGUUACCAUCCAGAUGUGAACAAGGAACCUGGGGCAGAGCAGAAGUUUAAGGAAAUUAGCAAUGCAUAUGAGGUUUUGUCAGAUGAUGAGAAACGAUCUUUAUAUGAUAGGUAUGGUGAGGCUGGACUUAAAGGUGCUGGUAUGGGCAUGGGGGACUUCAGCAAUCCUUUUGAUUUGUUUGAAUCACUAUUUGAGGGCAUGGGAGGAAUGGGAGGCAUGGGAGGCAUGGGUGGCAUGGGAGGCAUGGGAGGUAGAGCUUCCAGGAAUAGGGCAGUAGAUGGCCAGGAUGAAUAUUACAAUCUUGUCUUAACUUUUAAAGAAGCUGUUUUUGGGGUUGAGAAAGAGAUCGAGAUAACCCGCCUUGAGAGCUGUGGAACCUGCAAUGGUUCAGGUGCAAAACCUGGGACCAAUCCGUCUAAAUGUAGUAAAUGUGGUGGCCAAGGUCAGGUUGUCUCAUCAGCAAGGACUCCAUUAGGUGUUUUCCAGCAGGUAAUGACCUGCUCUUCGUGUGGUGGGACAGGGGAAACAUCUACCCCUUGCAACACAUGUUCUGGGGAUGGCAGAGUAAGGAGAACAAAGCGUAUCGGUUUGAAAGUGCCAGCUGGCGUGGACUCUGGAAGCCGUUUGAGGGUCCGAUCUGAAGGUAAUGCUGGAAGGAGAGGUGGCUCACCUGGUGACCUCUUUGUUAUUAUUGAAGUCAUCCCAGACCCUGUGCUAAAACGUGAUGACACCAACAUCUUGUACACGUGCAAAGUCUCGUACAUAGAUGCAAUUCUGGGUACAACGAUUCAGGUACCAACAGUUGAUGGUAUGGUUGAUCUCAAGGUCCCAGCUGGAACUCAGCCGAACACCACACUUGUAAUGGCGAAGAAAGGAGUCCCUGUGCUAAACAAAAGCAACAUGAGGGGUGAUCAGUUGGUUCGCGUACAAGUUGAAAUCCCAAAAAGAUUGAGCAGUGAAGAAAGAAAGCUCAUCGAGGAGCUUGCAGAACUAAGCAAGAGAAAAACAGCAAGUAGUCGAAGAUAGCUGCCAAGACAUCAUCUUUCUCCAUUCAUAUGCUGCUGGCCAGAUCAGUGAUGAAAUCUCACUCCCCCUCUGGAUGCAACUUUGGAGUUAAUUGUUGCAUGAAAAUUUAGCACUUGAGAAAUCUUAAUAGUUUUAGAAUGAGUAAGCAAGUUUCUGAAAUGGUAAGCCAAAGCCAUUGUGAUAAUUUUGUCCCAUAUAAUUUGAUAGAGGAGAUGAAAUAGGAAAUGUUAGUUGGAGAUAUAUUGCCCUUUAAUUUUAUGUCUUGGUUUUGGUAGUACUCGACACUUUCUUAUUAAUUAUUCUUUGGGAUAGGCAAAAGCAUAAUCUCUUGCGUUUA